UCUCUCUCUCUCUCUCUCUCUCUCUCAGCCUCUCAUCCUCUCCGCUCCGCCUCCGCCAUGGCCGCUCACUGCUCCUCCUUCCCCGUUCCUUUCUCCAUCCGCUCUUCCUAUCCACAAGUGAAAGCUUCCAAGCCCGUGAAGCUCAGAGACGACUGGAGGCAGCGCUCCAAGCCCAUUCCUCCCGGGGGCGUAUACCCCGCUAAGGAUCAUUGCAGUCAGUGCGGGCUGUGCGACACUUACUACAUCGCUCAUGUGAGGCAUGCUUGCGCCUUCUUAGGAGACGGCAUGUCCCGGAUCGAGGUUUUGGAACCAUUAGUCCAUGGAAGAGGAAGACGAGAGGACUUGGAUGAGACAUACUUUGGUGUUCAUGAAAAGUUGUUGUAUGCUAAAAAGACGGAGCCUGUAGAAGGAGCUCAAUGGACAGGAAUUGUAACAACUAUUGCAGUAGAAAUGCUGAAAUCUAAGAUGGUGGAAGCUGUUGUUUGUGUCCAGAGUGACCCAGAGGACAGACUUGCUCCAAGACCUGUUUUAGCCAGGACACCUGAUGAAGUUUUUGCAGCAAAAGGUGUUAAGCCAACAUUAUCUCCUAACCUGGAUACCCUUGCUCUUGUUGAGGCAGCUGGAGUAAAGCGUCUUCUCUUCUGUGGCGUGGGUUGUCAAGUGCAAGCAUUGAGAUCUGUUGAGAAACAUCUGGGCUUGGACAAGCUUUAUGUUCUUGGCACCAACUGUGGUUAUAUGUCGAGCUUUGGCUUUGAUUUGCCUUCUUUUUUCACAGUGGAUAAUGGAACUCGUGAGGGGCUAGAGAAGUUCUUAAAGGCUGCAAGCAGUAGCCCAGAAACUGUUUUACAUUAUGAAUUCAUGCAAGAUUACAAGGUUCACAUAAAACAUUUGGAUGGCCAUAUUGAAGAGGUUCCUUAUUUUUGCCUUCCAGCCAAUGAACUAGUUGAUGUUAUCGCACCAUCCUGUUACAGCUGCUUUGACUAUACAAAUGCGUUGGCGGACUUAGUGGUGGGCUAUAUGGGUGUGCCAAAAUAUUCCGGAUUAAGCAUGACUGAACACCCACAGUAUAUCACCGUCAGGAAUGAACGAGGAAGGGAGAUGCUUAGUCUGGUAGAAAAUCUUUUGGAGAUCACUCCUACAAGAAGCAGUGGUAACAGAUGGCCAUUUGUCCUGGAGACUGUUAAAGCUGAUGAUAAGGCGAAAUUAGGCAAAGGUCCUUCUCAGCCGGCUCCUAGUUUGAUUGGUAACAUUAUAGCAUUUCUUCUAAACUUGGUUGGUCCAAAAGGUCUGGAAUUUGCUCGCUAUUCAUUGGAUUACCAUACAAUAAGGAACUACUUGUAUGUAAAUCGACAGUGGGGAAAACAAAGUGUAACUUUGAUGCUGGCAGAGCUGACAGGCACAUUCCCUCGUAUGCAAAGAGGAUUGUGGAAACUUAUGACACAGAUGGGCGUAUUAAUAUGAUGCUUUCGCAAGAUUGAUUUCUCACUCUAUAGAUUGCCAGCCACGGAAAUACAAAGUGUUGAUUCUCCAUGCAAUUUUUAAAACCAACAAAAAUAUAUCUGUAUGAGUAGAAAUCAUGUGGUGAGCAUUACGUAUACGAGCGGACAUACACCAAGGAAGAAAAAAUUUGGCAGAGAUCUGACUUUAGUGCUACAGGCACGUGGAACAAAGGUAUAGCGGCGUGCGAUGCUGUAAGAGGUCAAAUUGCAAACCAUAUCGCUUGCAAUCCCAAACACAUGCUCCGGAUGGAGAACUCAUGGAGCAGAGGAUUGAUCGAGUCAGAGGAUCAUUAUGGAGCAGGAGACGAUCAACGAUAAAAGGGCACCGAGCGGACAAAGGGUGCCUAGAAAAAGAAAGACAAUGCCAAAAACGAAACGGACGUCAAAAGUGCCCCUUAAUGUGACCGUAUGGAAAAGAGAGAAGAAGCUCAUUAAUGUCGUAUGAGUUUCUUGGUACGUGGAUCCUUUUCGCAGCCCAUGCACGACUGCAAUCGUCACACCACCCAGGUACAGAUCCCGGUCCGCAACGGACGCGAACACCUCCAAACCAGGGUGAUCAGGUGGCUGCAAUGCCUGGCCGGAGGACACCCAUCCCUUGCAACCAGGCCUGCAGCUGAUUCCCACCCCUCUCUGUGGCCUUUCGGUCACCCCAGCCGCCAACUCCGAGUUGCGAGACCUGUGGGCGCUUGGUCCAGCCCGCCCAGAAUUGGAGCACAUUUCAUUCGUUGCACGCCGCCACAUGGCCCCAAGAAUUCUACCUGGGUAAACGCCCUGGCGCCACGUCUCCGUGCCCCUCCCCCGGGCAGGGCCCUGACUCGUGGAGCCCACUUCCUCCCGACGUGUGGCCGGUCCCAGCCUCGUGUCGCCCUCUUCUCCCUCGCUCAUUAUGGCUACCCUCCUCUUGCCUACUUGGCGUCCUCCCGUGCCACCCCGCUGACCCCAAGCCCACCCCAUUCCGGGACAGGAUAAGGACCCCCCCGGCUCCUUUAGUAUCCCCCCGUGCCACCCUCCCUUCACUCCAACCCCCCACUGUGGAUCAUCGUAUGGUUUGUGCUGCUCCCAUGGGACCUGAAGAGAAGAAGCACAAGAAGUGCUGCCCUCUCAGGAGGUCGAGGAAAGGCUGCAUGAAAGGCAAGGGUGGGCCUGAGAACCAGGCCUGCGCCUUCAGAGGCGUGAGGCAGAGAACCUGGGGGAAGUGGGUCGCCGAGAUCCGCGAGCCAAACCGUGGCGCCCGCCUCUGGCUCGGGACCUUCAACACCUCCCUCGAGGCCGCCCAGGCCUACGACGCCGCCGCCCGCAGCCUCUACGGCGAGUGCGCGCGGCUCAAUCUCCCCGAUUCGUCCUCUGUCAGAUCGGCAUCGACCACGCCGGUGUCGAUCAAGUCGGACUCUCCGAGCCAGUCGCCCGCUACCAGUACCAGCGAGUCGAGGGUGAGCUUCCCUGAUAGCACCAUGGAGUCGCCCACCUAUUUCUACAACGGCGGCGGUGGCGGCCUUAAUGAUUUAGAUGAUUAUGUCACGAGGUUGCCAAAGGCUGAGGAUUUUGGGCUGGAGGCUUUCCAGGAUGUGCCGCUCUUCGAUGAUGUCGGAUAUUCGAAUCCAGGCUUUGACGGGGAGCUGAUGAAUUUUGAUGCUUUGCAACUGUCUUGGUGUCCUUGAGCAGCUUGAUCUAUGGUAGAUGGUGUGUUUGUGUGUAUGCGUGCCUGUCUGUGAAUCUUUGUGGAUCGUUAGGGAUUUCUAUAGCAUAUAUAUAUAUAAGCCUGUGGGAUGAUGUAAAUUAGCAUGUCGUAAAGUGUCGUAAACAGUCAUCAGUCACCAGCAUCCCUUUUAUUUGGCGAUGCCCCUCUGGUGAUAGUUCCUUCUAUAGAUAUAGACGACUACACUUUUCUAUAA